AUGUGGAUUGUAAACUGGUUCUAUGACAUCCUCGCCUCCCUCGGGCUGCUGAACAAGCAUGCCAAGCUCCUCUUCCUCGGUCUGGACAAUGCAGGAAAAACUACGCUGCUGCAUAUGUUGAAGAAUGAUCGAGUCGCCAUUCUGCAACCCACCGCACAUCCCACAUCCGAAGAAUUAGCUAUUGGCAACAACAGAUUCACAACAUUCGAUCUCGGUGGUCAUAUGCAAGCCCGUCGCCUCUGGAAAGAUUACUUCCCCGAAGUAAGCGGUAUCGUCUUCCUCAUCGACGCCAAGGAUCCCGACCGUUUCCCCGAAGCCAGGGCGGAGCUGAGCGCGCUCCUAGCUAUGGAAGAGCUUGCCAAGGUCCCCUUCCUUAUCCUCGGUAACAAGAUCGAUCAUCCAGAAGCUGUACCUGAGGAUGAGCUCCGCCACCAAAUGGGCCUCUACCAGACCACCGGCAAGGGGAAGGUGCCUUUGGAGGGUAUCCGGCCUAUUGAAUUGUUCAUGUGCAGUGUGGUGAUGCGACAAGGCUACGGCGAAGGCAUCAGAUGGAUGUCUCAAUAUGUCUGA